GGGGACUCUUACUGCGGCGGGGGGCGCGGGGAUCGGGCCGCCCCGCAGUGCUCCCCGCACGGCGGGAGAGCCACCGGCCCACCCGGCGAGCCAGCUUGGUCCCGGCUCCGCGCCCGCCCGGCUGCCUGCGCUCUUUUCUCCGCGCCGUCCGCCGCGUCCCUCUGCCCCGGGAUGCCUCCCAACCUCACCGGCUAUUACCGCUUCGUCUCCCAAGAGAACAUGGACAAUUACCUGCGGGCUUUAGAUAUCAACGUGGUCCUGCGAAAGCUGGUCUGCCUACUGAAGCCGGACAAAGAGAUUAUCCACACGGGAGAUCACAUGGUCAUCCGCACUAUCACCUCCCUGCGGGACUACGUUAUGGAUUUUGACCUGGGAGUUCAGUUUGAGGAAGAUCUGGGACCCGUGGAUGGACGCAAGUGCCAGACAACCGUCUCCUGGGAGGGGGAUCAGCUGGUGUGUGAGCAGCUCGGAGAGAAGAGGAACCGAGGCUGGAGACACUGGUUGGAGGGGGACCAGCUUCAUCUGCGCAUGACUGCUGAAGACGAGGUCUGCGUCCAGGUUUUCCAGAAGGUGAAGUGAGCGCUCCCCGCAGAGAUGCCCGGACGGCACCGGCGCUCCCCAGUGCGAGAAAGAAAAAGAAAACAAGAGCCGAGCCCCCCCGUAGCAGCGUGUUUUCUUGAGCCUCGCCCACCGGGCAGCAGCGGCCGGGGGUCACGGCUGGGCCGGGC